AUGGGCCAGGAAGGAAGAAAGACUGACUUUGACUUGUCUUCUAAGUACUUGGGAGAAACUCCCAUUAUGGGAUCAGUAGAAGAACUUAAAUACAAAAGGAAUGAUGUUUUAUACCAACAGAACAAGACUGAUAAAGAGGAUCUCCUAAGCCCUGAAGAACAAACAAUGCAAAAUGGAACAUUAAUAGCUGGUGAGUCCACCUACUUAGAGUUGAGGAAAGAUUCUACAAACACUGAAAAAACAGACUCUUUAUCUGACAUCCUGUCAUCUCAAUGUAGUGAUCACUCACAUAAGACUAGUUCUGGUGUCACUACAAGCAUGGGAAGCCAACAGACUGAAACAGAAGAUGCUAAGCUAAGCCAAGCAUGUGAAGCUGUGGUUUCCCAGGCUCUUUCAGCAAAAAUGUCUAAAACUCCAUCACCUAAACUGGAUGAUAAAAUCAGUGAGCCCCUCAGAGAAGAACAGCCAGAUGUACAGGUUGUAAAUGAACAUUCCCCAGAGGCUGAUGCACAGGAGAAGAAAAGUAGAAGAACAAGUUUGGGCAAGCAAAUAAUAGAAGCAAAGAAGGAUUCAUUUGACUUUGAAAAUUCAUCUGACUCUCUGAAUUAUGCAAAGGUCACUGAUGCGAAACAAAAAAUUCUUGGCCUGAAAGUUUCUUUACAAAACCAGAGGAAACACCUUUUCUCUGAAAGUAAUCUUGACACUCCAAGCAAUAGUCUGAGUGAAAAAAGCUGGAUCCUUGAUUCUCAGAAAAAAUCAUUGCCGAAAACCCAAGAUUAUACCCGAAGAAGACCAAGGGUCAGAAGUAAAUUAAAAGUGUUGCCAUUAUCGUCCGCAAGUAGCGGCAGUGAUUACCGCACAAAGAAAGUUGGUGUUUCAAGACAGACAAUGCACAGGGAAGUGCAGAAGAAGGAAACCAAAUCCAGUGCAACGAGGCUUGAUUUCUCUACAGUGGAACAGCCUGAUAAUUUGGAAGCAGAUGAUCUGACACUCCCAUUAAGUGUAUCUUCUCAUGAGGAUUCUGAUGCCGGAGAGAAAUAUGAGGAGGUAUCCAGUAAAUUGCCAGGAGAAGAUAAAGUCUCCAAACUUAAACGAGGCGGCUCAGAUCUAUCACCUGGUGGGGUCGUGAAAAAGCCUAAACUUUCUACAUGGGAAAUGGAUCAGUCAUCUCCUGGCAUUCCCUUUGAACCAAGGAAACUUUUUGAUUCAACAGAGAAAAAGGAAAUUCCAACAGGGGAGAAAUCAGAUGAAUUAGAUGACAACUUUGUCUCCAAGGUACUGCAUGAGGACGUCGGUGAUUCUGAUGUCAUAGCUGCUUUUGAAAGCUUUACCAGCCAACUAAAGAAAACAUUCUGGUCCAGGUACAAAAGAAUGGAGAUUUGUGCAAAAAAUGCUUUGAAGGCUUCUGAAAAAAAUGUGUCAGCUUUAUUAAAUCAGAUGCAUCAAUGCAGACUGAAUAAAUUGGAGAACUUCCACAAGGUGGUUGUCCAAGAACUUGCCCAUCUUGAGAAGGAUGCUCAAAUUUUAUCCAGCCUCGAGAAGGACACAGUGGAUUUCUGGAAUAAACAGUCCAUCAAACUGAGCUCUUUCUGUAAUCAUCAAAAGCAAAGAAUUCAAUCUAUGGAUUCAGUACUGGAAGAAACUGUGAAGAGUUUUGAAGAUACAAUACAAAACACAAAGUAUGAACAUCCACAGGAGAAGGUGGAAGAAAAUAGUAAGGUGUUCGUUGUUGCUUCUGAUUAA